UCAUUUCAAAACUUAACUCACACUCCCAAGUGAAGGCGGCGAGUCUCUGAGCUCUUCUCCUCCGGUGAAGUCCUACCUCAUGUCUGACGGAGCUCGAUAAGAAGAAAAAAGGUUCCAGGAGGCGAAACAAACCGAAGACAAACAGCGACUUCUCUGCUGAGAAGCGAAGCAGGAGGGUUUUCAGAUCAGCAGCGGGACCAGAGAGAAGAAGUCCCCUGUUUCUGCGGGCAAAACGCGGCUCAACUUUUUUUUUUCUUUCAGCUUUUCGUACUUAACCUGCCGCUACAGAAAAAUGAAUCGGAGCUUUAAUAAGUCGCAGCCUCUUCGAAACGUGGACUGUAACGCGGUGGAGGUGAAAAGCAAGUAUGGGGCAGAGUUCCGCCGGUUCUCGGUGGAUCGGGUCAAGCCCGGUAAGUUUGAGGAGUUCUACAAACUCAUCCUGCACAUUCACCGCAUCGCUAACAUGGAGGUGAUGAUCGGUUACGCUGACGUCCACGGUGACCUGCUGCCGAUUAACAACGACGACAACUUCUGCAAGGCGGUGUCAACGGCUCACCCGCUGCUCAGGAUCUUCAUACAGAGACAAGAAGAGGUCGACUAUGCUAACUUUGGCACCAACACGAUAACCCGUAAGAAGAAGGCAGUGGUUGCGCUGCGCAACAACGAUGUCAACCGCAAGCGUCCUCACAUCCGCAUCGGCAUGCCGCAGGACUUCCGGCCGGUCUCCUCCAUCAUCGACGUGGACAUCCUACCUGAAUCUCACCGCCGUGUCCGACUGUAUCGCCACGGCUCCGACAAACCCCUGGGCUUCUACAUCCGAGAUGGCACCAGCGUGCGGGUGACGCCUCACGGUUUGGAGAAAGUCCCGGGCAUCUUCAUAUCUCGGCUGGUUCCUGGAGGCUUGGCGGAAAGCACCGGGCUGCUGGCUGUUAAUGAUGAGGUGCUGGAGGUCAACGGCAUUGAGGUGACGGGAAAGUCCUUAGAUCAGGUGACGGAUAUGAUGAUCGCCAACAGUCACAACCUGAUCGUGACCGUGAAGCCGGUGAACCAGCGCAACAACGUGGUCCGCGGCAGCAGGAUCUCCGGCAGCUCGGGCCAGUCAUCUGACAGCAGCGGCUCCACCGGUUACCCGAGUUUGUCGGUGGCUUCGGCAGGACUGGUGUCCUCUGGGGCUCACGGUUACCAAGACGACCUGGAGAGCGAUGAGGAUGCGGAUAUCGUCAUUGAGAGCAGCCUCAAGCGGCCGUCGCAGAGGUCCAACGCUUCCCUGGCGUCCAAUGUGUCCCGCACGCACCAGCAGCCUUCGACGACAGCUUCAGGCCCCGCGGCGCCUCCCAGCCCUCCCUCACGUCCAUCAUCGGUGGUGUCCACUGCCUCCUUCCACUCCCAGCCGAGUCUCAACGGAGGGUCCCACCACCACCACCACCACCACCAACACAGCAGCCUCAGCUACCAGCUCCACAGAGACCUGAACCUUCAGCACAGCCAACAGUCGCAGCACAGUCACCACCACGUACAGCCGCCGCAUCACAGCAGCAACCCGGCGCUCCGCCACAGCAACGGCAGCCUGCACAAAAUCCUCAGCUCGCUGAAAACGGACCCACGGCACAGUCUUGCACUUCCCAGAGGAGGGGUGGAGGAGGACGGCACCGUCAUCACCCUAUAAUACUCAAAAACGCAGAGACACAAACAUCCCAACUGCUCAGAGACUAAACUGGAACACCAGGCCAGAGAAAUACGAGCAUGCUUUGUCAGAUACUAAAUGUGUAACUUCUGUUUGUUUUUAUAACAUAAUGGAUAAUAGGAAGUUGCAAACAAGGCAAAAUGUAUAUAAUUCUUGUAUUUUUAAAAGUCCUCUUUGUCUUACAUGAAAAGAUUUGUAUGUUUGUAACAAGCAUCAGAACAAAGAACUGUUUUUAGGCAAGUCCACUGUAUUCUAGAGUUCUGAAUGUACCUACAGUCUGAUAUCGUUUCUUAGUGACCACUUUUUAUUAAAAUCCUUUUCAUUCUUAUUACUGGGACCAACUUGGGGGUUGCUUGUGGAUGUUUUUAAAGAGUAAAUCUAUAUUUCUUAUAUUCUGAUAAAAGCUGUUUAGAGUAUGUGUUUUUUUUAAGGUCUUUUAUGAAUUGAUGAUUGUGAUCAAAUCCUUGUAUCUGUUUCAAUAAAUUAUUCUCUCACAACUA